AUGCCACAGCAGCAGCCACUGGCGAGCGUGGAUGCCAAGGCACAGGUGCAGGCAGGAGGAGACCAGCAGCCACUGCAGCAGGAGGUACUUCGGGAACCGCAGCAGCAGCAGCAGCAGCAGCAGCAGCAGCAGCAGCAGCAGCAGCAGCAGCAGCAGCAAUGGUCUCAGCAGGAGGAGCAGCGUGAGCAGCUGCAGCAGCAGUCUGUACAACGGCAAGAAACAGCAGGCGCAGAUGAUGCAAUGGACGCUGGGCUUGCCACUGCCAAUUGCGCCAUCCCAUCGCCCUCACCAGCCAAGCCGGCGGCGUCGGCUUUCGCGCCUGCACCGCCGCAUCAGGGGAACGCGAUGUUUGCAGGCACGGGCAUAGGCGCAGGCGCAGCAGGCGUGGCUGCCGUGCGCACGGGCCCCUCUUCCCCAAAAUCUGGCCCUUUUGACCAGCUGGAGCGAGACCUGUUGGAUGACCCCCUGGUGGACCUGGGGGAUUACUGA